AUGGAUUGGAUUCCUAUGGACGGUUCAUUCUCAAAGAAUACAGAUAGUUCAAGUGCAACAUUUACAGCAGCUUAUACGCCUAUUAAUGUUAAAAGUAUUUGGGCACUAUUUAGAAAGAAAGACAACUAUUAUGUUAAUUUUGAGAACCCUAAGUUUAAAUAUCUUCAGCUUUCCAUGGGAGCUUAUGGAAAUAUGCCUGCAGAACCUGAAAAAUCAUAUGGACCUGUAUUUUAUGAAAUGGUUGCGAACGCUUGCAAUACAAACAAUGAUAUGAUAGGAUUUAAUGAAGAUGUUAUGAGGUCAUUGGUGGAUGAUGGUAGUGUGGAACAUAAAUGGGAUAGCUAUGACAACACACAUUUCUUAUGUGGUUUUCCAACAGAAGUGGACUUUUGCUUCCAGCAAGGUCAAACAUCUACUGCUCCAAUAACAUACAAAUUGACUGUUAAAGGACCUAUUGAACUAGCAACUGAAAAUGUACCAAAGCCACUUAUUGGAUUUAUGAUGGAUUGUUGCUUUGCCAUUCAGGUGCGUGCUAAUGGAAUCCCAAUAAUAAGAUUAGAUGACUAUAACUUAGCUGCGGACGACAGUGAGGAAUAA